AUGCGGGAGGUUCGCAUUCAUAAACUAGUCCUGAACAUCUCCGUCGGUGAAUCCGGCGACCGCCUUACCAAGGCAGCCAAAGUUCUUGAGCAGCUCACUGGCCAGCAGCCAGUGUUCUCGAAGGCUCGCUACACCGUACGCACGUUCGGCAUCCGCCGCAACGAAAAGAUUGCCACGCACGUGACUGUAGGCAACCGGGACAAAGCUAUGCAGAUUUUGGAGUCCGGCUUGAAAGUGAAAGAGUACGAGCUCAUCAAGAGCAACUUCUCCCAGACCGGCUGCUUUGGUUUUGGCAUAUCGGAGCACAUCGACCUCGGCAUCAAGUACGACCCCUCUACUGGCAUUUACGGCAUGGACUUCUUCGUCGUGCUUGAGCGCCCUGGCUUCCGUGUUGCCAAGCGCCGCAAGUGCCAAACCAAGAUAGGUGCACCACACAAACUUAAGAAAACUGACGCCAUGAAGUUCUUUCAGUCGAAAUUCGAGGGGGUGAUCCUCGCCAAGUCCUAUAACUAAGCGAUAUCGUCAUUUGAGCUUGUUUUUUCAGUCGCGUCGCUAGGACGGUGUCCUUCAAGGCAACUUUUUGUGUAUUGAGAAAUUGCCCUGAGGCCU